UGCGGCAAGUCUUUCUCACAGGCGGCCAACCUCACCGCGCAUAAACGAGUUCAUACAGGUGAGAGGCCAUUCACCUGUCCUGUCUGCAGUCGACGUUUUUCACAAAGCUCGUCACUCGUCACCCAUAGACGGACUCACACUAACGAACGACCGUAUCAAUGCAAUCAUUGCGAUAAGAAAUUCACAGACAGCUCAACUCUGACGAAGCAUCUAAGAACUCAUACAGGACAAAAACCGUACUGCUGUGACGUCUGCUUCAUGCGCUUCACGCAAUCUGGAAAUCUUCAUCGACACAUGAAGACUCACAAAAGUCUCUAA